AUUAUUAUUUAAUUAAUUUAAAUAUUUAUAUGUAUUAUCAAGUACAUGAAUGUAAACCAAACCAACAAAGGGGUUCCCUAACAAUAUAGAAGUGCAGGUCUUCAGAAAUGGAGUUAGGGGGUUUUGCAUCUGAACUCUUCAUAUAUUUUUUUCAAAUUGUGAUAUAAAGUCAAAAUAAUUUUUUGGGGGGGGAAUCAAAAUCUAACCUUUUUCUUAUAUCGCCCAGUCCUACGUAUAUAACGGCGAGCCCUACUUGCCGCGACCAGAAGGUGCCUACCCCAUGCUGGGUAAUCUUUUCAACAACAGAAUGAAGGGGGGAGUAAAUGAUGAUGUGACGAUAACGGCCUACAUCGCUGCUGCCCUGCUCGAACUGGAAAUGCCAGUUAAGGAAGUCACCAUGGCGUUUUUAAAGUCCUCCGUUAGUGACGUCUCCAACACCUACGCCACCGCUCUGCGUGCCUACACCUUCAGCCUGGCAGGAGAAGAGGAGCACAGAGAUCAGCUGCUCAAACACCUGGACACUGUAGCCACAUCAGAUGGGGGCCUCCUGCACUGGUCCAAGUCCUCAUCGGAGAAAGCUGAUUCGCUGGCGGUGGAGACGAGCUCUUACGUGCUGCUGGCGGUACUCACCAAGCCCACGCUGACGACUGCUGACUUGGGCUACGCUGCCAAGAUCGUCAACUGGCUGGUGAAGCAGCAGAACCCAUAUGGAGGCUUCUCUUCCACACAGGACACGGUGGUUGCCCUGCAGGCUCUGGCUCUGCACGCCACCAAGGUCUUCAGCCCAGGCGGCUCCAGCACCGUCACAGUGCAGGCAGCAGGGGGCGCCAAACAGCAGUUUGAUGUGAACCAGCACAACACCUUGCUGUACCAGGAGAGGGCGCUGCAGGACGUCCCUGGGAAAUACAGCGUGGAGGUCAAGGGGUCGGCAUGUGCAUCUGUAGGGGUGGCUCUUUUCUACAACAUCCCCACCCCCAGUGUCCACUCCACCUUGACCAUCAUUGCUCAGGCCACGCCCAUGACGGAGGGAGAGUGCAACAAGGCUACUGGACAGACCUUCAACCUGGUUAUCAAAGUCCAGUGA